CACAUUACUUAGCUUCAUCUCAAACAUUCUUCUUCUCUAAGUUUAAGGAGCUUCACAAGCUCCUUUCCCCAUUCUUCUCAUUCGAUCAAUUCAUCAGAAAACAACGAUAAAGGUAACGUACCAAUGGCGAAAAACCAACAAUUGGAAGUGCUUAAUGCACUCGACGUGGCAAAGACACAAUGGUAUCAUUUCACGGCAAUUAUCAUCGCCGGUAUGGGCUUCUUCACCGACGCCUAUGAUCUUUUCUCCAUUUCUUUGGUAACAAAACUCUUGGGUCGACUCUAUUACACCCAACCAAACCCUACACACCCGGGAUCCCUCCCCAUCAACGUCUCUGCCGCGGUUAAUGGUGUGGCCUUGUGCGGUACUCUUGCCGGCCAACUCUUCUUUGGGUGGUUAGGUGACAAACUAGGAAGGAAAAAAGUAUAUGGUCUUACCUUAGUCAUGAUGGUUGGCGCUUCCCUAGCAUGUGGCCUCUCCUUUGGCAGCAGUGCUAAAAGUGUCAUGACUACCCUUUGCUUCUUUCGGUUCUGGCUUGGUUUUGGUAUUGGAGGGGACUACCCACUCUCCGCCACUAUCAUGUCCGAGUAUGCUAAUAAAAAGACUCGUGGAGCUUUCAUCGCGGCUGUCUUUGCUAUGCAAGGUGUCGGGAUUUUAGUAAGUGGUGUUGUUUCCCUCAUCGUGUCAGCUGCCUUUGAGAAUAAGUUCAAGCCGCCUUCCUUUGAGGAAGAUGCUAUUAGAUCACUUACCCCGGAAGCUGAUUACAUCUGGCGAGUUAUCUUGAUGUUUGGUGCCUUCCCUGCCGGUAUGACCUACUAUUACCGUAUGCAGAUGCCUGAGACGGCUAGGUACACUGCCUUGGUUGCACAGAAUGCUAAGCAAGCAGCCGCGGACAUGUCUAGAGUCCUACAGACAGACAUUAAUGCUGAGGAGGCUAAGUUAGCAAUCAUGAUGAACGACAAGAAGAAACAAUUCGGGUUAUUCUCCAAGGAGUUUGCAAGAAUAUACGGUGUACGCUUGAUAGGAACCACAACUACUUGGUUCUUACUCGACAUUGCUUUCUAUAGCCAAAAUCUCUUCCAAAAAGACAUCUUCACCUCCAUUGGCUGGAUCCCUAGCGCAAGCAAGAUGAGCGCCAUAAGGGAGGUCUACAAGGUGGCUCGAGCACAAACAUUAAUAGCCCUUUGUGGAACCGUUCCUGGAUACUGGUUCACUGUCGCCUUCAUUGAUAUUAUAGGUCGAUGGAUUAUUCAAGUUGUAGGGUUCCUUAUGAUGACUAUCUUCAUGUUUGCCAUCGCUUUCCCUUACGAUUAUUGGAGUCAGAGGGAGCAUCGUAUAGGGUUCAUCAUUAUGUACGGACUUACAUUCUUUUUCGCAAACUUUGGACCUAAUGCUACUACUUUUGUUGUUCCUGCCGAGGUCUUCCCGGCUAGGUUGAGGUCGACUUGUCAUGGUAUAUCAGCCGCGGCAGGGAAGGCUGGGGCUAUUGUUGGAGCCUUCGGUUUUGUGUACGCUUCCCAAGAGAAGGACCCGGCGAAGAGGGACCCUGGCUACCCAGCUGGUAUUGGAAAGAAGAACUCUCUAAUUGUGCUUGGUGUGAUCAACUUCAUCGGUAUGCUUUUUACAUUUUUGGUUCCGGAAGCUAAGGGUUUGUCAUUAGAAGAGGCAGCUAAUGAGACAACCGAAGAUCAAGAAGAAACUAAUGUCGAGGAGAAUAUUUCUUCAGUAUGAUUUUGUUGAGCAUAAAAAAAACUUGCUCUUUUUUUUUUUUUAGAAAAAGAAGAAGAAACGACCCUACUAUGGAGGUUAGACUCUUAAGAAAAUGAGAUAAGGAUAACCCUGAUCCCCAAGAACCAUAACCGUUUGAGAAUGAACCCAUUACCUUAAGGUCGUGAGGUGAAACCGUGUCUUUGUAUUGCCAAUAAUAUUAACUGUAUAUUUGUAUUUUGUAUUUUGUCUUUUGUCUUUUUGAUUGUAUAACGCAUAUUCAAA